AUGAAGGUCGCGUACCAGCCCCCCAACUCGCCGGAUCUCAACAUUUUGAAACUUGGCUUUUUUCGUGCGAUCCAGUCACUACAAGAAAAGAACCACUCCCGCAACAUUAGAGAGGUUUCGCAACUCAUCUUUAUCAUCACCCUCAGCUGUGUCUGCCAAAACCGGAAGUGUCGCUUUUGGUUCAGCCGCCACCUUCGUGAGGGGAUGGUUGUGCUGGCCAACAUAUUCCUUGCAGCACCAGUCGGCAAGCUAGACCUGACGCAGGCGUUCAGUGUCGCGGAUGAAGCCUGUUAG